AUGGGCAGAUCACAGACUGCAUCUCUCCCCAUUAUCCCGCUCGCCAGAGGCACCGUCCUGCUCCCUGGCCUAAUUCAGCGAAUCUCGGUCACUUCGAGCCGCCCCGAUAUCCCCGCGCUCCUCGCCCACGUCUACGAACAAGCUGCCGCCAAAGGCCCGGAGGGACGGAUCGACAGUAUACCCAUCGCUUGCGUUCCGCUCUCAUCACCCUUCGUGGGCCCCACGGGCCAGCUUCUCAUCAACAAUGGAGAGGAGAUUGACACCUCGCAGCUUGCCGAGGUGAAUCCCGGCAGUGCCAACAAGGCCGAUGUCUUUGGAUUUGGUGUUGCCGCCAAGAUUGUCGGCAUUGAUGGGCGCGGUGCCGGCGAGUUUGCGCUCCGUGUUGAAGGUACUUCUCGUGUCAGAGUAGAUAACAUCUCUCGCGAGCGACCCUUUUUCCAGGGCAGGGUUACAUACUUUAGCGAUGAAAUUGAUAUGGCCGACAAACAGCUCCAGGAUCUUUUUGGCUUGCUCAAAGCUCAGUCUCGCGAACUCGUUACCAUCUUAAGAAUCUCGUCGCUGUUACCACGUACUAAGAAUGGACCGGCAUUGUCACCCGGGCUUACGAAACGGCUCGAAAUGCUCAUCAUGCGACGCGAGAUCAAGGAAGCAGGGCUCCUGGCUGACUUCAUGUCAAACCUUGUCGAGGCGUCACACGAGGAGAAGCUGGGCGUGCUAGCUGCGCUGGAUGUCAAGGUCAGAAUCACAAAGGUCAUUGAGCUGCUGGAGCGGCAAGUAGGGGGCAUUAAGAACAAUUUCAAGAUUACUACAUUCACCUCCGUCCCUGUCCAGAUUCUCGACAGGCUAAAUGACAAUCCUAACAAGAGGAACAGCUCAGGUCUGCCAAUUCCCGGCGUCAACUUCCUUUCGGGCGCUGGUCAGAUGCCAUCUGGCAACGAUCAGGGAGACGAGCAAGAGGCCAAUGAGCUGGAUGAGCUGAAAAAGAAGCUGCAAAAUGCCCAGCUCCCAGCCGAGGUGGCCAAGACUGUUGAUAGAGAGCUGCGACGGCUGCAGAAGAUGAUGCCCAUGAAUCAGGAAUAUCAAGUUACGCGCAACUGGCUUGAAACUCUGUCAGAGAUCCCCUGGGCAGCAGUAACAGAUGAUCGUCUGGGCCCUGAGACGCUGAACAGAGCACGGAAACAGCUUGAUGAUGACCAUUACGGCUUGGACAAGGUCAAGAAGAGGUUGAUCGAGUAUCUCGCCGUUCUUCGUCUGAAGCAGUCUUUGAACGACGACGUUGAGGAGCAAAUUCGUAAGGCCGAGGCAGAGAUUGCCCCUGAGCAUGAUUCUGGCAACCCGCCCACUGAGAGCGCUGCGAACCCAGAGAACAGCGCAAAACUCCAGAUCCUGAAAUCAAAGAGGAUGGUGGACAAGUCACCGAUUAUGCUUCUCGUCGGCCCGCCUGGAGUUGGCAAGACAAGUCUGGCCAAGUCCGUCGCCACGGCACUUGGAAGGAAGUUUCAUCGCAUCUCUCUCGGCGGCGUUAGAGACGAAGCCGAGAUUCGUGGACACCGUCGAACAUAUGUUGCUGCUAUGCCGGGCUUGAUUGUUCAAGGUUUGCGAAAGGUUGGCGUUGCCAACCCAGUCUUCCUCUUAGAUGAAAUUGAUAAGAUUGGUAUGGCCAGCGUCCACGGAGACCCCUCGGCCGCCAUGCUCGAGGUCUUGGAUCCAGAGCAGAACCAUACCUUCCAGGACCACUACAUAGGCAUGCCGAUCGACUUGUCCAAGAUCCUCUUCAUUGCCACAGCAAACAACUUGGACACCAUUCCCGCGCCGCUCCUGGACCGCAUGGAAAUGAUCUAUCUGCCGGGCUACACUACCCUAGAGAAGCGUCAUAUUGCCAUGCAGCACCUCGUUCCCAAGCAGAUACGAGCCAAUGGAUUAGUCGAGGACCAAGUCACCUUCAACAAGGAUGUUGUCUCCAAGAUUAUCGAGUCGUACACUCGUGAAUCAGGGGUUCGCAACCUGGAACGAGAGAUUGGGUCUGUAUGCCGUGCGAAAGCUGUGGAGUAUGCUGAGGCAAGAGAUGGCGGGAGUAUUGAAAAGUACAAGCCUCUUCUCACAAUCGAGGACAUUGAAAACAUUCUCGGCAUCGAAAAGUUUGAAGAGGAAAUUGCCGAGAAGAUCAGCCGCCCUGGUAUUGUUACGGGUCUCGUGGCCUACAGCACCGGCGGCAACGGUAGUAUAUUGUUUAUUGAAGUCGCCGACAUGCCUGGCAAUGGCAGGGUACAGCUGACGGGCAAGCUGGGCGAUGUCCUCAAGGAGAGUGUGGAAGUCGCCCUGACCUGGGUCAAGGCUCAUGCCUACGAGUUGGGUCUCACUCCUGAGCCUACGACGGACAUCAUGAAGGAGCGCAGCAUUCACGUACACUGUCCUUCUGGUGCGAUCCCCAAGGACGGGCCAAGCAGCGGUAUCGGACAGGCUAUUGCUCUCAUCUCCUUGUUUUCUGGCAAGCCUGUGCCUCCAACAAUGGCCAUGACGGGUGAAAUUUCUCUUCGCGGACGUGUCACGGCCGUUGGCGGCAUCAAGGAGAAGCUCAUUGGGGCUCUCCGGGCGGGCGUCAAAACAGUCUUGCUUCCAGCACAGAACAGGAAGGACGUCAAGGAUUUGCCGCAGGAAGUCAAGGACGGCCUACAAAUUGUACACGUUAGUCAUAUCUGGGAAGCGAUCCGCUUAGUAUGGCCGGACUCCCACUGGGCCGCGGAUAGUCACUACGCCGGCAUUGAGAGCCGGCUGUGA